AUGCCAGACAACAAAAUGACCAGCGACGACCAGUUCUUCUUUGACUACCUCGCGGCCAUACCCAAUGACGUAAGGCGCUACUCGACGCAAGUCGCCGACUCGAUCGACCGCCAGUUCGACCAUGCGGCGACUGUGAUCAGAGACACUCUUUCCGACCAGUCAUGGCUGCCGCAAGCUGUUCGCCCAUUGCGCCCUUCCCGCAACGCACGCGCGCCUCGCGGUCUGACAGACCGGGUCCAGGACUGGAUGGUUCGGAAUCGCGCGUGGACGGCGGCCAUCGUCGCAUUUGUCGGGACUGGGUGCGUCUUGUACUACGGGAGUAAGAAGUUGCAUGGAAAGCGCAGAAAGGCCAGGAAAGCUGGCAACGGAGCGCGGAAAGAAAUCGUUGUCAUUGCGGGAUCACCACACGAGCCGAUGACGAGAGCCAUGGCUGCGGAUCUGGAGCGCCGGGGAUAUAUCGUCUAUGUGACGGUCUCAUCUGCGGAUGAGGAACAUAUUGUCCAGUCAGAGAGCCGGGCUGAUAUAAAGCCGUUGUGGCUGGAUUUGACAACCUCAUCUCCCAUGCCGUCAGAAAUCCACCCUUCGCUUCACGAACUCCGUGAUUUGAUCACUCAGCCUCAAUAUCCUCACCCCGGGAUGCCACCGCACACUUGCCAGCUGAGCGGCGUUUUCAUUGUCCCGUCUCCCAACUACGCGGCAGGCCCCGUCGCAACCAUUCCGGCGUCGUCGUGGGCUGACACGGUCAAUACUCGUCUCCUCUCACCUAUACUUACCGCGCAGAUCUUCCUCCCUCUGUUGACACUCCGCAGCAACAGCAGCACUAUUGCCUUUGUUUACCCGUCUAUCUCUUCUUCCCUCUCUGCACCCUUCGCUGGACCCGAAGUUACCACAACCCGUGCCAUCUCGGGAUUCGCUACCUCGCUCCGCCAGGAGCUCCGCCUCCUCGAAAAUGCAAAUGUCGAUGUUGUCGAGCUUCGUCUCGGCAACAUCGAUCUGGGCCCUUCGUACAGACAUGCCCAGAGUCAAGUUGCCGGGACCGAGGUUCUGGCAUGGAGUGUGCAGCAGCGCGCGCUCUACGGCCAGCAAUACCUUUCUAGCGUCGAGCAGCGGCCCGUUGCCUCUGCGGGACCUGCAGCCAUCCGAGGCUCUCCAGCUCGACACCUCCAUCAUGCCGUACUGGAUGCACUGGAGCCUGCGCCUCUGAACUUCUUGGGACAACGGAAAUCUAAGAAGUCGAUUCUAUACGUCGGCCGAGGUGCUCGAUCAUACAACGUGAUCGGCGCGUGGGUGCCCAGCGGUCUCGUGGGGUUAAUGAUGGGCUAUCGCAGUGGAAAUGGCGCCGUCAGUCCUAGUGUCGGCAGUGAAAACAGCUGGGAACGAGUCUAG